CCGGCUGCAGAGCGAUCCCUUGGCCGACCACAUUGCGCGGGAGAAUCUCGCGUACGACUUGAGGAUGCAGCAGAAUGCGGCCGCUUUACCGAACGGCAUGGGCGGGGGUUCCAUCAGGACCUUGUCGUCCACGGAUGACACUGUGGUAUAAAGAACGAAAGUCUCUUCUGAUACUUACCAGUCGCCAUAUUAUAUGAUUUAUUAGUGCAGUAGAUCAGAGCUGGUUCUUCAUCUUGGACAAUCAGCUAUCCUUUUUCAACCUUGCAGCAAAACUGCCAUGCUCCUGUGCUGGAAAGAUAUAAUAGUACCCACAUCAAUCACGAAUUCUUUAACUACACAACAGGUCCUCGGGAGGCAACUCCGAUACGAAGUUUUCAAUUUGGACAAGUAUGAAGAGACAAAAUGGACGCGGUUCGCGCCAAGAAAUUGAGAUUGGCCAAUAUUUUGAACAAUCAACCCCAGCCGCUCUGACGUCUUGUUCUUCUUCCCGUAAAGAAGCAUGUGAACAAGCUUGGUACUUCAUCUGGAGCUGAUGAUCUUGCGGAAGUAGAAAACUUGUCUAGCAUGUGCGCAGAAGAGUCCGUUGUAUCUACUUGUCUCGCAAGUGGCCCGACGCCCAGGCUGGUGAUCAAAAGUGCUUUUUCUUCCUUGUCACGAGCCCGUUUUUUUCCCUCGCAUACGAUUGUCACGGCGGACCCGGCCACCGGUGUCCGUGAGUUCCACCGGUACUGCGACAUCAUGUUCAUAUCGAUUGCAAAAGUGCCUGGGUCUGGAAGAAUCCGAAAUUUGUUAUGCUGUUUUUGCAUGACACAGAAUGUCUGUCAUGGAAGCCCUAGCAUCACAGAUUUUCAGAGGCCUUCCUGAUGCCUAUUUCGCAUGACAAAUGCCCUCCACGCGUAGCACAAACCGGACUCCUCUUGCUGGUCAUGGAAAACAGAAAUUUUUAGAGUCCGAAGUUAGCAUCACAAGUUCCAACCUUCCAGACCCAGACACUUUUACAGUUGAUAGCUCCCCACGGUCGCGACUCUCAGCGACGAGAAGUGGCAGUACAGACUGUGGGCGGACCAGGGCGUGCUGACCUACAUCCUUGGCAUCGCGGAGGACAGCGACGAUGGCCAUCUGAUGACCUGCUUUAACAAACUGGCUAUGGGUUGCAAACGUGUCUGGGUGGGCCUGGGAGGUUGGAACUUGUAAUGCUAGCUUUCCACUAUACCUAGAAAAUCUGCAUUGCAUAGCCGGCAUGAGUCGCAGGCUCUUAUGUGCAUGCAAAAACGCAGUCCCUCAUGCGGGUCGCCUAUGAGAAAGCGUUCUGCAGAGUUGUCAUGCUGGGUUGCGUUCGGAACUGUUUCCAUCAUCCACGUUUUACCAUCACAGGUUUCCAGACCCAGACAUAUUUGCAUUUCAUACUGGUCCGUGCGGUGCAAAAGAAGUCCGCGCCGCCUAUCAUUUGUAAAAACGUCCCCACCCAAGAGUUGUAAUGGAAAUCUGCAUGCAUAAAAUGUCUCUCGUGCGGAGCCCCAUGAGAAGCAGUUUCUGGCGGUGUUUUGAGAUUUGUCGCGCUCAAAUCAGCAUGGUAAGCUAUAUCUGUGAUGUUGCUGCACUAGCUAAACUACGCGACUGGUACACUACGAGACCAAAAAAUCUGUCAUGCAAGACACGCAAAACUUGUGGAUUUGUCUAGCCGAUUCCCCGUCUUGACUAUGGGGUGUGGGCCCCGUUUUUACGCAGGAUACCGCCCAAAAAAGCC